ACCCUGUAUUAUAGGUCUUGAAUAUUUAGUAUUUCGGUGAACUGAUCCAGUCUUUGUCACUUUUCGAUGACGUAUCAUCUGUCAUUGAAUGUUGAUAUUUUUUGACAACACAUUUGUUGUUUUUAAAAGGGUUAUUUUUUAAAUAAAUAGUUUUUUUACUAAUUUUAAGCACAAAUAAUAAUUUUAAGUACCUAAAGUAUUUUAAACCGAUUCCGUUCCUAGUGUUUUUAAUAUAUCAGCGACUACAGCGUUUAUAAGUAAACACAACAAUGUCUAAAACGAAAAUUCGGUCUGUUUAUGGAAGAAAUCCACCAUGUUCAUUACAGAGUAGAAUUCAAGAGAGGAAAAAUAAAGCAAAGGUGUUAAAAUUACUUGAACAAAAUAGAAAGUCAGAGAAGCCUGAAGAUUUUAUUAUGUACGAGGAUAGCGAGUCUGAAGAGGAGCCAGAAUUUAUUUUGAAAGAUGCGUUGAAUACCUCAUACAACUUUGUUGAUUAUGUAAAACAUCGUGAAGCUCAGACCUCAAAGCAGUGUUCAAUAACUAAAGACUACGGAAAUAGACACAUAUUGACACAUGAAAUGUUUAAAGAGACUGCUAUUAAUUUAGGAAAUAUGAAUAAAGUUUUUUGUUCUCAGUGGUUAAGUGAUAGACAGGUUGUGUUUGGUACUAAAUGCAAUAAGUUGAUGGUUUAUGAUGUACAAACUCAUAAGUUAGAUCAAAUUCCUUCUUUAGUUAGUAGGAGAGAAAGUUCUAAUCAUAUAGACCAACAACAUUGUGGAAUUCAUACCGUACAGUUAAAUCCAUCUAAAACCUUAUUAGCUACAGGAGCUAGAAAUACUUGUGACAUUGCUGUUUAUAGAUUACCUACUUUAGAUCCAGUAUGUGUUGGAGAGAAUGCUCAUAAAGAUUGGGUAUUUGACAUGUGUUGGUUGGACGAUGAAUUUCUGGUCUCAGGAUCGAGAGAUACCAAAUUGUCUUUAUGGAGAAUUACAGAAGAAGUACUGGAAUCCAAACAGGAAGUGCCAACUUAUAAAAGCUUGUCUCCUGUAGCAUUAAAAGAAUGCAGGAAUGCUCAGAAAAUUAGGGCUUUGUGUUUUAACAAAGAUUAUCGUGAAAUAGCUGCUUUAAGUUUAAAUGGAUACAUACACAUAUGGUCAGCUGAAACGUUUAGACAAACUCUAUCUAGAAAACUUCCUACUUCACAGGAAAAUGUCUGCAUGUCUAUUCAGGAUUCUGGAUUAUACGCUAUUGGAUGCAAAUCCUACACUUUACUUUUAGAUAGUAGAACUUUACAAGCUGUCAAAAAAGUAUCCUCGAGGUAUUCUGGCUGUGGAGUUAGAUCUACUAGUUUUCAAGGAGAUAUAUUAACGGUAGGAACAGGAUUAGGUAUUUUAAUGUUUUAUGACUUAAGGGCAGGGAAGUACCUAGAAAGUAGUAUUAAUACAUCUCGAACUGUGGUAUUAAAAGGAAGCAAAGGAUAUGUGUUUCCUGACGAGGAGUAUAUGGACAACAUUCACAAUAUUAAAUAUGUACCAGCAAUAUAUACACAUUGUUAUGAUACAAGCGGUACGAGAUUGUUUACAGCGGGUGGACCUCUACCUGCCACUCUAACAGGAAACUAUGCAGGAUUAUGGCAGUAACAAAAUUUACUUUUUAGUAUAUCUAGGGUUUUUAAUUCUAAACAGUUAUAUUUGGAAUUUUUAUUAGGUGAGAUUUUUAAAUAGAGGAGAUACAAUUCAACAAUCUACUGUUACAUUUUAUAAUGUAAAAGUUUCAAAGUCUGUAUUAUUUAUUGACUGUAUAUAGUAGUGCUUUAUGAUAUGAAUUAUUUCUCUUAUAUUAUAAAAAUAAUAAGAAAAAUCAUUUCAUUAUUCUGAUCUGGUAUGACUUUGAGGACAUGUUUUGUUCUGUGAUAGAGUUUUUUUUUAAUUUAGUGAAAAUUAACUUGAACAUAUUGUCCCCUAUCUCAUGUACUGACUCGUAUUUUAGUAAAUUGAUUGAGAGAGAACAGAAUAAGAAAUUACCUCCAUUAUGAUUGUAAUUUUUCUAAGAUACAUUGAAUCUGAAUAGUAUCACAGUCUUGAUGCCCUGAUAGCUACAGUAACAGUACUUCUUGAGAUAAAAGUUGCGCCCGUAAGCAGGGGCGGAUCCAGGAUUUGGGAAAGAGGGGCUAGACACAAAAUUUUACUUAAAGUACAUACUCCGGAGUCGUUUGUGACCAAAGAAAUUAAUAAUAUCGUAUUACUUGGCUUUACCCAAGAAUCCCCAUGGAUCCGCCACUGCCUGUAGGGAAGUCUGAAGUGGCAUUACUAUUUUUUUCGAUUUUUCAGUUACCCCUUUCCGUGAGAUAGGGACAAUAUGUUUGUUGUUUUUUACACAAAAUAUAUGUUUUUUAUAAAAAAAGUAUUUAUGUACUUUUUUAUUUCCUUGGAUAACUAUGUAAAAUAAGAUAUGAUUUCUAAGUUAAAUAAACCAUUUUUGUUAAUUCAACUUGAAAAAGAAAUAUCUAAUUAAACGCAAUAUUUGUUCUUUUUUCUAAUACUAAUUUACAGUAUUAGAAUAGAUAUAGGCAUGUGUCAAAUUUAUAUUGUUAUACAUUUCAUUGUAUUUAUAUUAGUAAUACAAGCCCGAUAUCAGAAGUAGGACUGUCUGAUUAUUUUUAUAAUUAUAUCGUUUUGGUAAGCAAUCCUAAUUCUAUGAAGGUACAAGAAAAUUCAUAUUUACAAAAAUUUAUUUAUUUAUAUGCUCACAAAAUUUCAUUUCAACAGAAUAUCCUUGGAGCCUCCGCGUCGUAUGGGAGGAUGGGAGGUGCCACACUGUAUGUCUAUAGGGUGAUUCAAGGCGAUGACACGUUAGAUGUUUAUGGAGAACCGGUGAUAGAAUUUUUUUGAAAAUUUUGAUUUUUACAUAAAGGCGCCUGCUUCAUCUUUCUAAAAUUUUACAGCAUUACAGUGUUGCCGCAUCAUUCGAAAAGUGGUGGCAUCUUCUUUAUUUUAUAUGGAACACCCAGUAUAUUAUUACAUUUUUGGAAAGUACCUUUAUACCUCAUAAUUUUUCUAUUAUACUAACCUGUACCUAUCUUUAAUAGUUUUUGAAAUAAAAAAACGUGUAAAAUUGACAAAAAACAUGAGCGUGAAUAAGCAUUGGUAAAAAUGAAUUGAACAAUUUGUUGAAAUUUGAGUUAUAAGUUAACGAAAGUCGAUAUAAUCGAUCUGUCUAAAUACACCGAUUAGAUAUACAGAGCAAAAAUAUUGUUUAUUUCCGUUUGUUAUAAAAUUACUCAAAUUUUUGUUUUUUUUUAAUUCAUCCCUAUGUAUAUUAUUCAAAAAAUCAGAAAUAAAAUUGCUUUUCAACGUUAUAUCAAGUUCCUAUAUCUAAAUCUCCCGGUUUCUUAAGUAGAGAUAUUCAAAAAUUAAUAAUCCUAUUAUUAUAAUUUCAUUUCGUUACCAUAACAAUUUUAGAAAUUUAGGACCAAGGACGUACUUUAAUUGAUACUUAUCUUUGAAUUAAAUACUUAUAAAGUUUGAAUAUUUGUCGUGGUAACGAUUUUCUUUAAACGAAACAAUUAUAAUAGAAUUAUUAUUAUCUUUUAAAUGGCUUUACUGAAGAAACCUGAAGGUUUAGCUAUAGAAACAUGAUAUUAUUAUAUCGUUGAAAAGCAAUUUUAUUUGGGUUUUGAUUUUUUAAAUAAUAUACAUGGCUUGAAUUUAAACUAACAAUAAUUUGAACGAUUUUAUAACAAACGGAAAUAAUUAUUUUUUCUGAUCUCCAUGUAUGAUAUCCAAUCAGUCGAUUUAUUAGACAGAUCGAAUAUGUCGACUUUCCAACAUAUACACCAAAUUUUAGCUUUCAAUAAGCCAAAUUUAUGAUUUAACCUUUUUAACCAAUGCUUAUUCAAGAUAAUGUUUUUGUCAGUUUUACACGUUUUAUUUUUUAUCUUGAAAACUAUCAGAGAUUGGUGUAGGUUAGUAUGAUUGAAAAAUGUUGAGAUAUGGAAGUAGUUUCGAAAGAUAUAAUAAUAUACCGGGUGUUCCAUUUAAAAUAACAAAGAUGCUACCACUUUUAGUAUGAAGCGACAACACUGUAAUGCUGAAAAUAAUUUAGACAGAUGGAGCAGGUGCUUUUAAGCCCCGUUCUCAGAACUUCGUAUAGUCUUCAGCGACACGUUAAAUGAACCAAUGAGGUUUGUAAAAAAUUCAAACAGCUGUCAAUUUUAAAUUUAGUCCAACUCUCAUUGGUUCUUUGAAGUGUUAAUCAGUGUCUGUGUGCUGGAUUUAUGCAAAAAUCCAGUUCAAGCAAUCACCGGUUCUUCAUAAAAGUCUAACGUGCCAUGGCAAUGAAUCACCCUGUAUACCAUAGAUGUCAUUUUUGUAUACCUUUGUAGCGGGUUCAUUUCUUGAAAAUACUUUAGGGUUUUUCGCCACUAGAAGAAAAAUAAAUAUUUCUUUUUGUAAACACCACUAAGUUGAUCCAACAGACACCAAAUUAUCAGUGGUAUUUUUUCUAAUGAAACAAAUUUGCCGUUUUAUUUCGUUUUUUUUAUUGGGAUUUUACAAUAUGAUCGAAAAAAAAACGGCGUUAUCGAUGGCUAUCAAAUGAAGAUCGCUGUCAUUUUAUAUGUAAAAUUAUACGGGGAAUGUUACAGAUCGUCCUUUUUAAGUCAACUGGAUGCUGUUUUUUUUCGAUCAUACGGUACUUUUAGGUAAAUUAUUAUCUGUGUUUUAAAAUGUAGUUGUUAUUUAAAAUUGGCGCGGAAAGUAGCGAAUUAACACAACACUGUCACAAAUUACCUAUAACAGAUGCGAAAGAACACCGAAUUACGCGUUCAGGUUUCUGUGACCUUCAGAAAGAGUUCAUAGACAAUCCGCA